AGAAUUCUUUCUAAUUACAUUUUAAUGUAUUGCAAAACGAUAUAAUCUUUAAAAUGUUCAAAAAAUCAUUUACCGAUUCCUAUAUAAAUCUAACUAAAAAUACAAAUAUACACCAGUCAAACACUUGAAUUCAAUAAAACAACAAAAUGCUGAAGCUUGUCGUUCUGUCAGUACUUUUGGCUACUGCCUACACCAAACCAACCAGAGAAAUCGAGCAAAUACAAAACGAAUCGGCAAGAUACGAAUUCAGCCAAGAUAUCGACGACCACAUCAGCGAUCUGACGCACCAGAGGAGCGAGAAACGUGAGGGCACAAGCGUUGAAGGAAUGUACGCCUACAGCGAUGGUUUCCACAAGAGAAUCGUCCACUACAUCGCCGACAAAAACGGAUACAGAGUUGUUGGUACUGAAGUGAUCCCGUUGUCUGACGGUCCGAAAAUCGAUUUAGGUGGUACCGCUUCCGUUGCCAAGGCCGCUCACGGUGCGUCCGUUAGGUACGUGGUCAAGGGAGUACCCGGAGGCGACAUUCAUUGAAUCUAUGAUAGAUUUGUUGCAUACACAAGUGAAAUGUUUUGUUGAUUGUUGUUUAAAUAAAGUUAUUUGUUAU